GAAUACGAGAUCUCUGGGGAUGCCGUGACAGCCGAAUCGAGUCCCACAUGCAGCUCGCACCCUCGGCUCAGGAUGCGAACUCGCGGCCGAAAGAGAACCUUGUUCGCAUAGCUGAGCCACAAUGCAGAUCGCCGAUCCUUCUCCCCACAGGUUCGAUGUCUCUGGCCAGUGAGGAGUGAAUUGCUGGAUGGAACAGCAAAUAGUCUUGUCGAUCAGUGUGGCUGCGGUUAUCUCGGGCAUCUAUCGCUCCCUCGAAAUCAGGUCUGCCCUGUGACCUGUCGAAAGGAUGACGACGCCACUGUCGACGUGCAGUCGGGGUCUCCGAAGAGGAAGUGCUUUCCUGCAGUUAUUAUUGGUGGCCCUCACUUCGUCCCGUUCAUCUAUCAACUCGCACUCCCUGCCUUACUACGUUAGGCCGGCUCCUUAUCGAAGCUGUGGCUUGUGUGCUUACGCCAAUCGUUCGCCGCCACUCGCUCUUCAGUUUCCUGAUUUCGAGCCCAUGAAGGGAGGUACUUUGUACUAUGAGCCACCGCCGUCCGGCAAUGGGCAUGGAACUCCAUCCUCAGCCUACGUCUACCUUGGAGAGGCCCUUGCGACGAGGGUGCGAAGUUCACAGGAGGUAUACUUUAGAAACAUUCAAUUCGGUACCCACCACAGGUCACGAAGCACAGUCCAACCGUGCAGUAUGGACCUCAGUAUGCUCGGCGAGGAAGUGCCUUUGGAACCUCAGACAGAAUAUUCCAAUACGUUUUGUGGCCAGAUUCCUUAUGCAUUGCAACCUAGUUUUACGAUUGCCCCCGAUCUGCACACCACGAACCCCGCUAUUAUGAUGAUGGAUUCGCGAUCGUUUCAAUACAUGCUCUCCUCAAAUCACGCACCGGGCUAUUAUUUCCCUAAUUCUGGUAGCUCUAGUCUUGCAAACGGAGUCGGUGACCAAACUACGCAUUUGCAGCAUGCAACGAGCACCACGUUCUCUUGCCCUCCCCUUCACCAACCGAGGGCCCACAAUGCAAGAAACAACUUCGAAGCGGCGAGCCCACGACCUCCGGGCCCCGAAGCAGUAUUUCCUCAGCAACAGCAGAUCGAGGGUAACGAACAUUCCCGUUCCAGAUACCGCGUUGUAUUAAGAGUGCCGACGGCAAUGGUCACUCAGGCGGCAGCGGCUCCCGUCACGUACCUCAACAAGGGCCAAAAAUAUCGUUUGACAGUCACCGACACUGACCCUCCGCCCCACCCAUCAGACCGGUUCCGUGCCCGGUACAGGACGCAUGUUGCCAUAGCGUUCCAUAGGGAGGACCAGCGAUCGGACCCGGAUGCACACUGGCGGCUUUGGAGGGCCGGGCGCGGGUUGUCUGGUCCAGGACAAUACGAUGAAGAAGCUGGAGGGGGGACAGGAAGCGGAUCGCUGUGUGCGAUUGAGUUAUGCUUGGAUAAGCUUCGGUCGGUAGGGACUGGGUUGAACGCUGAUGGCAUCAAUGACCGGGGCCAGAAUGUUCAGCUCGAAACAUCCUCCUUUAAUGGAUUCUGCGUCCUCUGGUCAUGCAAUCGUUCGGCAACAGGAACUUCCACGUCAAUGCUACCGCUACCCGAAUGCACUAUUACAGUCCGGUUCAACUUCCUCACGACGGACUUUUGCCACUACAAAGGCGUCAAGGGAUUUCCAGUCCGGCUAUGUGCAAGGACGGAGAUGGUUGCAGAUAAUCUGGGGGAAUCAUCGCCAAUGUCAUCUCAGGAGGAAAGAGCUGCAGCAGAGGUGUGCUACUGCAAGGUCAAUCUGUUCCGUAUGUACGGGGCGGAGCGAAAGCUUGCGGCGGAUGCUGCUGGUGUGCGAAAGGCCUGGGAGAAAGUCUGCAGGGAGAUCCAGAAGCGCCAGCCCAACCCGGGCUCGUAUACUAGUAAAACUGUUGGCACGAGAACUAGUCUUGGCUCGGAGGCUGCCGGAGAGGUAUUCAUGAACUCAGGCCAUAAGAAGCAGAUGAGGAUCCUUGAGCAGUUACAGCAGAAGCUUGCGUCGCUGCAGGCGAUGCUUUCAUCAGCCAGACCUGUGACUCUAUUCUCGUUGCGAGGUGAUGCGAGUGAUAUCCCCGAUUGGUCUAGAGUCAAUCAUUCAACUCGGUACAAAGAUGCUAGUGCACUCUACGGUGAUCGUCAAUCUACCAUCAGCGGUCAAGACUGUCCAGACGAGUCCAGCAGCAGCAGCUCAAUGAUGAGCUAUCAAUGGGGAACGAACCUUCUCCUUGGACCUGAAAAUCCCUCACCGAGCGGCCCUCAUAACAAGACCCCUUCUAAUCAAGCACUCAAAAUUUCCAGAAACCGUUUCGAAGACGAGCAAAGGCGGUACAUCGAGGUCCUGGAUAUCGACCCAAACUACCAACCCCCAGCUCAGCAGCAGAGUCAAUCCGUUGCGUGUUUUUACAUUGGGUUCGCGGGGAGGACCCAAACGCAAGUUGAUUACCAUGUAGCUGUCUAUCUCACCGAGUGGACCGCUCACAGCCUGAUUGAAGGGAUUUCCGGGAAACUUGGAAUAGACCCGCGACGGGUCUGGCGCGUGCUUCUUGUUCGAGGGGAUUCUUUGCAGGUUGUAGAUGACAGUGUUGUUCGUGGGAUUGCCGAUGGGCAGGAUAUGCUCGCAGAGAUUUUGGAACGGUGGGAGUUUGAUUGCGCAAGUGAGAAUCCCAUUGAAAUUAGACUCAGAUACUAAUAUUAGCGCGAGAUGGACGCUUUCAAAUAUCAAAACAUUCCGUUGUCCCGUCAGAAAGAUUCCCUCGUGUAAAAAAGACCUAUUAUGAUGCACGAUCCACACGAGCCCGACGAGCAACGCGCUUAGGUACAACCUAUUCUCUGCUACUCGCUUGACUCAAUUUCCCGAGCUCCCCCUUUGCCUUUUCCUGAAUGGCUCGCACAACCUCAUCUAUUGUUGGAGCAAUCAUCUCCAGCAUUCUCUUCGCGUACACAGCUGCCACCAGAGCCGCGUAACCCUGCCACGUCUCAUUGCCAUGCGAAUCAGAAUAGUCACAAAUCCCCCGAAUCACGAGGCAUGGGAAAUGGUUGACCACCCCAGCGGCCAACAUCUCAAAGCACAAGACAUUUUUUUCCGCGCUGAGUGCAUCCCGGAUAGUGGCAUCAUUCAUGACCUGGUUGGCCGAUGCGAUGGUUCCGUACCAGAUUCUCGGGCUUUCUGUGUGCGCCGGGCGCUCCUCUCGCUGCACAAGGCAUCUUUCAUGAAAUUGAGUGUUUGCGUCGUAGAUGAUUGUGGAUUUGAAGAGUCGGUCGGUGCCUGGAGGAGGCCGCUGAAACUCAUCCCUCAGAUCCGGAUACCGUUCAAGCGCAGCAUCCACUUCGUCUUGGAUGCGAUGACGCUUCACCGUGUACUCCCUGCGAAGGGCAGCAACUCCGCUUCGGAGAAUCGUCGGCGCUUGAUUCAGCGAUCUCGUCACUUGGAAUCUCUCUCCCUGCACCAUCGCUCCGAAAUCAUACUCGAAUACCCCAUUCUCCCCGUCUCGUGGGACACCGACCACAAUAUCCCCAAGCCGAAUAUCAUUCUUUGCACUUGGCGCUCCACCACCAACACCGAUCAUGAAUCCCAUGCGGAUGUUUGGGAAGCUGUUGAGCAUCUGGCUAGCUGCCCAUGCCGCGGCGGCAGUACCAUACUCGCCGUCGGGGAGGGUCGCAAUGACGACGUUGUGGCCAGCGAUCGACCCGAGGAGGUAAGAAUUCGAGUCGUGGGGUUGCACGAACGCAGGACGGCCGUGCUUUUCUUCAAGGAGUGCUUGCGCCGCGACGGCUUCGACCCGAAGGGCGCAGAUCCAGCCCACGGUAUACUUGCUGGGAUCUGCCAUUGAUAAACUGAAGUGGGAAUAGCCAAUUAAAGAAGCGAAAAGAUAAGAUUUACAUGUGGUUUGAGAGUUCCAGUUCUGGUGUUUGCGAGAAAGAUAAUAUUAUUGCUGCUGGGGUGGAGUUUGCCCUGCAUUUAUGGAGAGGGGGCUAAGCGCCAGCCUCGUGGGGCUGAUUUGGCUGGCGCUUCCUGCGUCACAGAACACGAUCAUAUCUGAAAUCGAUUGGACGUGCUUGCAGGGUUUUGUUGCCGAUGGGGCAGUGUUUUGGGCAAUGGAUGAUAUGCAACGCAGAGAUAUGAGGACGCUUAGCUGAUCCACAAGGCAGGAACACAGUUUGGCGCCCGCCCCCGGACUGCUAUUAUAUGUUAGCUCUAUCUAUAUCAUUACAAUACCCUAAUUCGAUAUAGGCUUGGAGACUCUUAGUUACUCACCCCUUAGCUUCUAUAUCGAGCUUUCCUCAUCGAGCUUCCUUUCUCUCGUGCUUACCACUACUUCGCCAGCAACCCCCAAGCCCCUCCGAUCUUAAUUCCAACCCUGCCCCUCACUACUCAUCCUUCUUACACUAGCUCAUAAUCUCCUUCACUUUUCCCUUCCUAGUCGCAUAAUCGCUGGAACACUCACUCCAGUAACUAGACAUCUCUCGUCACUUCAGUUCUCGGAUCGCCUGACAUUCGCG